CUCGCAUCCCGCUUGAUCAGAGGGACAGUGUACACUCUCAAUCCCAGACAUCAUGGCUCCACUUGCCCUCGCGUCGACCAGGAAGAUGGUCUCGGGAUACGAGAUCCCGGUUAUAGGGUUCGGGUCAUAUCAGACCCCUCCCGACGUCACCGAGAAAGUGAUCCUCAAGGCCCUGGAGGCUGGCUACCGUCAUGUCGACUGUGCGCAACUAUACCAAAACGAAGCGGAGUGCGCGGCAGCCAUCCACAAAUCGGGGAUCGACCGCUCUGAAAUCUUCUACACGAGCAAGAUCCCCGAUACCCAUAUGUCUUACGAAAAGGCCAAGGAAGCCAUCAAGGCCAGUCUGUCCGCAGCAGCAUGCCUGGGCUACAUCGACCUUAUGCUGCUGCACGCGCCCUACGGAGGUAAAGAGGGUCGACUCGGCGCGUGGCGCGCCCUCGUGGAAGCGCAGAAGACCGGCAAGAUCCGCUCCAUCGGCGUCUCCAACUACGGAAUCCGCCACCUGGAGGAGCUGGAGCACUACAUCCAGACCAGCGGCGUCGGGGGCCAGAUCUCCGUCGGCCAGUACGAGAUCCACCCCUGGUGUGCCCGGGAGGACAUCGUCGCGUGGCUUAAGAAGCGGGGCAUCGUCGUCGAAGCUUAUUCGCCGCUGGUGCAGGCGAAGCGGAUGAACGAGCCGAUGCUGCAGAGCUUGGCUAGGCAGUACAAGAAGACUCCGGCGCAGAUUUUGGUUCGUUGGAGUUUGCAAAAGGGUUAUGUCCCGUUGCCCAAGUCGGUGACCGAGUUCCGGAUCCGAGAGAAUACGCAGGUCUUUGAUUUCGAGUUGUCUCAGGACGAUAUGCGUCGUCUGCAGACGGACGAACAUGCUCCUGUGUGCUGGGACCCUGCUCGGGAUUCGAAGCUGUAGAAGAGGCAAGCAGCAUAAGCUGUUCUGCUGGGGAUUGAGUUCGACGCACAUAGAUCUGCAGACAGUAGAUACAUAUCCAAACUGCUUAGAAUCAC